CGAGACUCCACACAACCGAAUUUGGAAAUAUCCUUCUUUUCUUUUUUAAUUAUUUCUAUCUAAAUGGAAGUAUUGGAGAUCGAAGGCAGUGGUGAAAGGAGCAGACAUGGUUCAUGGGCGCAGUUUUCUUCACGUUGUUGCAGGUCUCCUCAUGGUUGGAUUGUCUGUUGCGACAAAAAAAGAAGCAGUGAAAAACAACUCAGGUGUUCAACCAGCAGGACAGUGUGGAACGUGGGUGAAAAAACCAGAGGGAGGACUCUUCACAUCCCCCAAUUAUCCAAACAAAUACCCACCUGAGCGCGAGUGCAUUUACGUCAUUGAAGCUCCCCCGAGACAGUGUAUUGAUCUCUUCUUUGACGAGAAGUACUCGAUAGAGCCUUCGUGGGAAUGUAAAUUUGACCACAUUGAAGUGCGUGACGGACCUUUUGGCUUUUCUCCUAUAAUCGGACGCUACUGUGGCCAGCAGAGCCCGCAGUACAUCAGAUCGAGUGGCCGAUACCUAUGGAUAAAAUUCGUAGCAGAUGGUGAACUGGAAGCCAUCGGAUUUUCUGCGAACUACAAUUUCACCACAGAUCCUGACUUUAAAGACAUGGGAGUCCCCAAGCCUCUUUCCGCAUGUGAGUUUGAGAUGACCGGACCCGAAGGCAUCAUUGAAUCACAACAGAUCAUCAGGGAUGGUAAAGCUUCACAGACGGAAGCAGUGGACUGCAAGUGGUUCAUCCGAGCUCCUCCUCGCUCUAAGAUCUACCUGCGGUUCCUGGACUAUGAGAUGCAGAAUUCAAAUGAGUGCAAGCGAAAUUUUGUAGCUGUGUACGAUGGCAGCGGCUCCGUUGAGGAUCUGAAGUGUAAAUUCUGCAGCACGGUGGCUAGUGACGUGACGUUGAGAACGGCACUGGGUGUUGUGCGGAUGUGGGCUGACGAGCACAGUCGCCGCAGUCGUUUCCGCAUUCUCUACACCACGUUUAAAGAGCCUCCAUGUGAAGCUGAGAUGUUCUUCUGCCACAGUAACAUGUGCAUCAACAACUCACUGGUGUGUAAUGGGAUACAGAACUGUGUGUAUCCGUGGGACGAAAAUCACUGCAAAGAGAAAAGGAAAGUGAACAUCCUGGACAACCUGAACAACACUAACAGCAGCAUCAUUGGUGUGACGUGCUGCAUCGUCCUCGUUCUCCUUGUCGUCUCCGUUACGGUGCAGAUCAAGCAGCCACGGAAGAAGUACGUGGUGCAGCGUGAUGAUUUUCAGGAAGUGUUCCAGGAAAUGCCUCGGCGCUAUGACCUGGGUGACAUUGCGGAACUUACAGACGAUGUUGAGACAACCUUCCAGAAGAACUGCGUUCACGAGCACCACUGCGGCCGCGCCAAAACAGCGGCGGUGAUGGAUCCGCAUCAUCACCACCACCAUUAUCAUCAUCAUCAUCAUCACGAUAACCGGCGCAGCAUCGUGGUCAUGAAGCACAGCUACUCGCAAGAAGAAGCAGAGAUGGAGGAUGAGCUUGAUGAGGAAGUGCCAACCACCAGUCACCGACUGGCCAGACACGACAAAGCAGUGCAGCGGUUCUGCCUCAUUGGGUCUCUAAGCAAACACGAAUCAGAAUACAACACGACUAGGGUGUAGGAGACGAUCAGGAGGUAAGAGCACCUAAAAAGCAUGGUAUUUUAAAAAGUAUAUAAAAAGCAUGGUAUGGAUCAUUUCUUUUAAAUGUUAUGCAGUCAUUGUGAGUCAGUGCUUUUUUGUUGUUUUUACGACUUGGAUGUUGCAUCAU